AUGCUGGCUUUUUUUCAACGUAUUCUCGACUGGAUUCGCAGUCUGUUCUGGAAGGAAGAAAUGGAAUUAACUCUCGUCGGACUACAGUAUUCAGGAAAAACCACAUUCGUGAAUGUUAUUGCGUCUGGCCAGUUUGUCGAGGAUAUGAUACCGACAGUUGGCUUCAAUUUGCGAAAGGUGACAAAGGGCAAUGUCACCAUUAAACUUUGGGAUAUAGGUGGCCAGCCAAGAUUCCGGAGUAUGUGGGAACGAUAUUGUCGAGGAGUGAAUGCGAUCAUCUACAUGGUAGACUCGGCAGAUCAUGACAAGUUGGAGGCAGCAAGGAACGAACUGCACAGUCUUUUGGAUAAGCCUCAGUUGUUGGGAAUACCCGUACUUGUGCUAGGAAAUAAAAAAGAUUUACCCAACGCCCUGGCUGAGCAUGACAUUUCAUGUAAAGAACAAGAGAAUAUCGGUGAGUUAUGUUUGUUUUUCCUCUUGUGA